CCUCUAUAUAUCAACCCAUCACAAAGCUAGGGUUUUUCUCCCCGCCUCGCUGCUUCGCCUCUCGUUCCCCAAGGCCCCGAAGCCGCCGGCGCCGCCGCCCUCCUCCGGUUCGAGCUCUCCGCCACCAUGAUCAUCUCCAAGAAGAACCGCCGCGAGAUCUGCAAGUACCUCUUCCAUGAGGGAGUCUUGUAUGCCAAGAAGGACUACAACCUGGCCAAGCACCCAAAGGUUGAUGUGCCCAACUUGGAGGUGAUUAAGCUCAUGCAGAGCUUCAAGUCAAAGGAGUAUGUGAGGGAGACCUUCUCGUGGCAGCACUACUACUGGUACCUGACCAAUGAUGGCAUUGAGCACCUCCGCAGCUACCUCAACCUGCCAUCUGAGGUUGUGCCUAACACCCUCAAGAAGUCUGCCAAGCCCCCGUCUCGCCCAUUCGGCUCUGGCCCUCCUGGUGACCGCCCCAGAGGCCCGCCUCGCUUUGAGGGUGACAGGCCCAGGUUUGGUGACAGGGAUGGUUACAGGGGUGGCCCACGUGGUGCUCCAGGUGAUUUUGGUGGCGAGAAGGGUGGUGCUCCAGCUGAGUUCCAGCCAUCUUUUAGGGGUAGCAGACCUGGCUUUGGUCGUGGCGGUGGUGGCGCAUUCGGUGGUGGCGCAUCUUCCAUGGAGUAAAGCUUGAUCGGGACGGAGCAUAUUGUUUUGCCCAAUGGCUUAUGAGAUGCAAUGCGCGGGGGUCGUCUUCACUGUUGGUCUUUGAAUUGUGGGAACAAUGAGAAUUUUUGUUUAUGAAAUUGUAGCUGAGGUUGUUCUAGACAUGGCUGUGUUAUGCCUUUUGUUCUGUUAGAUAUCACUCUCGAAAUGAAUCUGUUGGUUUGACCGAGAAUCUUUUAGAAUGUUAUGAGCAAGCUGCCAUUUAAUCAAAAAUUCAUCUCAUUUUCAUGCCU